CCGCGCAAAAUCUCAAACUUUCCGCGCAAAAUCUCAAACUUUCCUCAUCUGAAUCCGAAUGAUCUAAAUUUCUCGUAAUCUAAGAUAAGUUUUUGCAGAGAGAGAGAGAGAGAGAGAAAGAUGGAAUGAAAAAUCCCGCCAAUGCUUGGUUGCAGUAGCAUUUGGAAGAAGAGAACCCUCUUUCAUUCUGUUUCAAUCCAAUCGUCGCAAUAAUCACUUUUUUCUAGGGUUUGCUUUCCUAUCGCAUUUCUCUUCUGAAAUUAAGCUAAGGGAAUAUGUUGUUUGGUUGGUACUGAAAUGAGGCAUGGUGAAGCCAAUUCGGGCCAGGGUCCCAAGGUCAAUUUGUUGCAGCAUGCCAAUGCUCUUGAGAAUUUCUCCUCCCAAGCCAAAUUUUUGAGCUCCACUUUUCUGUUUUCUGUCCCACCUAAGAAGCCACACCACGAACAACCAAACCCCGGGUUUGUAUUUCGACGAAGUGAAACUAUUCAAGGUUCACAGAGAGUACAGGUCGAGAAGGCUUUGGCUGCUCAUUCAAGUCUACAAAAUUCUAGUAGGAACUAUGUCCAACCAGGAAAAACUCAGGUUACUCCUCAGCUUCAUGAAGAUAGGAGAACAACUUCCUUCCAUGGAGGCUAUGAGAAUGGCAACCAUAGAUGUCCUGAUGUUGCUGCAACUCCAAUUGUUAACAAUCAUAAUUCUCGGGGUUUGGAUGGUUCGGUAAACAAUCAUACUAAUUACACAGGCCAAAUCAACAAGUCUUCCAACUGCAUGGCUGUAGAUAUUGAUGAUGAUGAUUCUCUCUUUAAGAACAUUGAUGUUGACCAAAUUGUUGAGGACUAUUGCACUCCCAAACCAUCAAUAUCCAAGCUUCCUCCUAUAACACCAACUGCCGAUAAAGAUAAUUUUGCUAGACAGGGGGAUGAUGUUUUGCCACCGGAACUGUGUUUAGAUUGCGUGCAUGGGUACAUGUUAGGGUUUUGCCCUGAAGCAGCUAGCCAUUUGCAGGAUAUGAAGGAUAAUCUAAUUGCAAUCUUUAAUGAGCUGCUUGACAAUGGUGAAAACCUCAAUUCUACACAGAUAGCAAAGCUUCGCCAUGAUAGGUCACAGCUCAAUAAGCAAAUUCAGCAGCUUGAAAAAUAUAUUCAUUCUGGUAAUCUUAAUGAGGAAAGGCAAAAGUCACAUUUUUCUGCAUCCACGGCACCACCUACAUCUUUUGUGUAUGAAACACCUCAGCAAACUGUCCUCUGUAAUGGAUCUAAGAGAUAUGAUACUGAGGCUUAUAUGGGUAAUGGGACAUAUGGGUCGUCGUUCCAGUCUCUUCCACCUUUUUCUGUAGAUAAUUGUAGCAUGCCAUCAGGUUCCGUGGGGAGGGAAGUGUUCAUCCCAAAGAUUAUUGAAGUUAAUUACAUUGAAGGUUCUGGAGACAAACGCUGGAGCAGCUACGAUUUUUCUUGGACAAAAGAGUUAGAGGUUAAUAAUAAAAAAGUAUUUGGAAAUCACUCAUUUCGCCCCAAUCAAAGAGAGAUCAUUAAUGCCUCAAUGAGUGGAUGCGAUGUUUUUGUUCUGAUGCCCACUGGUGGUGGAAAGAGUCUGACAUAUCAGUUACCAGCUCUUAUUCAUCCCGGUAUAACAUUAGUAAUUUCUCCCCUUGUGUCCCUUAUUCAAGAUCAAAUAAUGCACCUAUUGCAGGCAAAUAUACCGGCUGCUUACUUAAGUGCCAAUAUGGAAUGGACUGAACAGCAGGACAUCCUCCGAGAACUUAAUUCUGAUUAUUGUAAAUACAAGUUAUUAUAUGUUACACCUGAAAAGGUUGCCAGAAGUGAUAAUCUUCUGCGACACUUGGACAAUUUACAUUUUCGUGAAUUGCUUGCAAGGAUCGUAAUUGAUGAGGCUCACUGUGUGAGCCAAUGGGGGCAUGAUUUUAGACCAGAUUAUCAGGGACUUGGUAUAUUGAAACAGAAAUUCCCAAAUACUCCUGUUUUAGCAUUAACAGCUACAGCAACAGCUAGUGUAAACGAAGAUGUCGUACAAGCACUUGGUCUUGUUAACUGCAUCAUUUUUCGGCAAAGUUUUAAUCGCCCAAACUUAAGGUAUUCUGUUAUCCCCAAGACCAAAAAGUGUUUAGAGGACAUUGACAAAUUCAUUAGGGAGAAUCAUUUUGAUGAAUGUGGCAUUGUCUAUUGUCUUUCACGAAUGGACUGUGAAAAGGUAGCUGAAAAAUUACAGGAAUGUGGGCAUAAAUGUGCAUUUUAUCAUGGUAGCAUGGAUCCUGUUCAGCGUGCCUCUGUUCAAAAGCAGUGGAGCAAAGAUGAGAUCAAUAUAAUUUGUGCUACUGUGGCAUUUGGAAUGGGUAUCAACAAACCUGAUGUCCGCUUUGUAAUCCAUCAUUCCCUCCCAAAAUCUAUUGAAGGCUAUCAUCAGGAAUGUGGACGAGCUGGUAGAGAUGGUCAACAUUCAUCCUGUGUAUUAUAUUAUACCUACAGUGAUUAUAUACGAGUUAAGCAUAUGUUAAGCCAAGGAGCAAUAGAGCAAAGUUCCAUGACAUCUGGAUACAACCGUUCAAAUAUGAUAAAUUCAGGAAGGAUACUAGAAACAAAUACUGAAAACCUUGUGCGAAUGGUUAGUUAUUGUGAAAAUGAUGUUGAUUGUCGGCGCCUUCUGCAGCUUGCUCAUUUUGGGGAGAAGUUCAAUUCUUCAACUUGUCUGAAAACAUGUGAUAAUUGCUUGAAGAUCACAAGUUUCAUUGAAAAGGAUGUCACAGAGAUUGCAAAGCAAUUGGUUGAACUUGUUAAGCUAACAGGACAGAGGUUCUCAUCAUCUCAUAUAUUAGAAGUGUAUCGUGGUUCCUUAAGCCAAAUGGUCAAGAAACACCGGCAUGAGAGUGUGAGCCUUCAUGGUGCUGGAAAGCAUCUAGCUAAGGGUGAGGCUUCCCGCAUAUUGCAUCAUCUUGUUGUGGAGGAUUUUCUUUGGGAGGAAGUAAAAAAAAGUGAUUUUUAUGGAUCAGUAUCAUCAAUAUUGAAGGUAAAUGAGCCCAAGAUCCAUAAUCUGUUUGCUGGGCAGAGAAUUAUAUUGAGAUUCCCAUCCUUGGUAAAGGCAUCAAAACCAGGGAAAUCUGAUGCAACUCCAGCUAAGGGUUCUCUGACUUCUGGAAAGCUGAAUGUUAUGCAAAUUGACCCUCCUUCACCUCAAACUGAAGUGGAUGAUAUUCUUUCAGCUAAGUUAUACAAUGCCCUGCGGUUGUUGAGGAAAAGUCUUGUUACAGAAGCUGGAGACGGUGUCAUGCCUCACCACAUAUUUGGUAAUGCUACGUUGCUUCUGAUAAGCAAGAGAGUGCCGAGAAGAAAAGAAGAACUCCUUGAUAUCAAUGGCAUUGGCAAGGCUAAGGUAAGCAAGUAUGGGGAUCAGUUACUAGAAAGCAUUGAAAAAACCAUAAAUGAACAUUACAAGUUGGACAAAGUCAGUAGCGGCAGCAAAGGAAGUUCAGAUUCUACCAAAAAGAGACGACUGUCAAAUGGAAAUCCAGAUGCAAAUGCUGAGGAUGAUGACGCCCCCACCAAAAGUACAGGUCGUUCAAAGAAAAGGAUGGUAAAGAGACAAAACAGAAAAGCUGUAAUAUAUGAUUCUCCAGAGGAAGAUUAUUUUCAAGGAUGCCCUGAUGAAGACCUAGAUUUUGACAUCAUAGAAAUUGAUGCAUUAGAUCAAGUGACUUGUAAAAAUGCUGCAGGAAGAGUACUACCUCAAUGGACAGCAUCUUGAAAUGAUAUAUGACGAUCAUAUUAUGUCAUGCCCCUUCAGAAUAUGUAUGUUGUCAUGGUAGGACUUUUGGUGUAUCAAACUUGUAGUUAUUUAUCGUUGUUGAAAGAACUUUGUUCAAACGGACGAGUGGAAGAUGACUACUAUAUAUACGCAGAUCAACGAAAAAAGCUCUGGAUUACUUGUAUUCUACCACCAUCAUUGUUGUCCAGUCUAACUAUUAAGGUGAAAAUGUAUGAAAAACUUUAACACUUUUAUGUGUAAAGAAUAGAAGAAUUAUUAAGGUGACAUUCAACUGGUCAAUAUCAGUAUAUGUCAAUGUAUAACUUUGAAAAUAGUUUUGUAUUUUGUUUGUAAGGGUUGUUAACCUGUGCUAACAACACCCAUUUUGUAAUGAAUAUCUACUGUAAGGGUUGUUAGCUUUCA